GAUUUUGCAACUGCAUUAAGCACGUGCAGUGAACUAAUAACUCUAGUCCCUUUUUCUGUUACCUUUUGGAAGUGCUAGAAAAUAUCUAAGUUUUGGGUAAUUUUUCUUAUUAUUUCAGAAGAGAGACACAUGCACAGAGCUACCUUUGCUGUUGUGGAACACCUUCAAUGCAGUCUUCAUACUUUUACAGGAAGUGAUAGCAGUGUACCCGAAGUUGUCAACCUCGACGGUAUCUAUUAAGGAGUCAACUCGAGUGUGUAAUGCCCUUGCUUUGUUUCAGUGUAUGGGAAAUCACCAAGAAACAAGAAGGGAGCUGAUAAAAGCUAAAAUACCAUUUUAUUUUUACCCAUUUCUCAAGACUAAUGGGAAAAAUGGAAAUGACAAGCCUUUGGAGUUUAUCAGGCUCACCAGCUUGGGUGUUAUCGGUUCCCUAACAAAGUUUGAUGAUCCAUAUGGUGGAGAGAUCCUUUAUUUUUUCCUGGAAACAGAACUGGUUCCUUUGUGCCUGCAUUGCAUGGAUCUAGGUGAUGAAUUGUCGCGUAAGGUCGCAACACUCAUAGUUAUGAAAAUUUUGAUGCAAGAGGAAGGACUAAGCUAUUGCUGCGCUUUGGCUGAACGGUUUUACUCAAUAGUACAGGUCUUGCAUCGAGUAGUACAGAAACUUUCUCAAAAACCCUGUAUACUGCUGCUAAGAUAUGUGAUACAAUCUUAUCUGUGUCUUUCACAAGUAUCAAGGUUCGUCGGGCCAUCUGAUGCAUUCAGGAGCCAAAUUCCUUGUCAGCUAUUCGACAACACCUUUAUGGACAUGCUUCGUGAUGACCCCGAAACUUCAACGAUGUUGCAGCAGCUAUAUGUCCAGAUAAUGCGCUGAUCAAGACAGUAAUAAGAUGGUAAACAUAGAUACAACUCUAUCCUCUAUACUAGUAGGAAAAGAGGACAUGAAACAGCAAAUAGCCACCUCAGUUGGCUCAUUUUGGAAUUUUGUAUUGUGCUCCAGCUGUAUUAUUCGUAGGGAUGCAGAUGCUAAAUGAGGGGUAAAAUGUUUUAACUUUUCAACAGUAAAAGCUCGAAAACUUCUUGCAAAAUAUAGCUUUGUUAAAACUUAGAGGUCGUUUGGUAGAGUGCAUUAGAUAAAAUAAUGCAUGCAUUAGCUUUGUGUACUAGUAAAACCUUGUUUGGUAUACUUUUUCAACCUAUGUAUAACUAUUACAAGCAUUAGUUAUA